AGUUUAACCAGUCCAAUUUACUGACAAUAGAAGAUCGCGAAUAGAAAAAUAUAAUGUCGCAGCAUCUCGUCAUCUAAUGCGUGAAUAUUGGAAUAAAUCUAAUUUUGAAAAUAAAUACAAUUUACAGGUUUCUAUUGUAAUAAUUGUGUAAACUGUGCGUGAGUGAGAACUACAUUAAUUAGUUGAUCAUAGCGUUUGUUGUCCUGCGUCUAAAUAAUGCUUUUUUAAAUUGUCCGUCCUUUGUAUUUUGUUUCGUGCUGUUUUUAUUGUUGUUUUUACUUUUGAUUAUUUGUGAUUUAUUUGAUUGAUUUGGUCAUUGGCAAUAUGGAGAUUUUAAGGAGUUUAACACUGGGCGCAUUUUUGCUAUAUGGAUUUGUAUUUCUCUACAGCUCCGUGGAAUCUUGUAAUGAAGUUGUUUGCGCCUCUAUAGUUUCAAAAUGUAUGCUAACGCAAAGUUGCAAGUGCGAAUUAAAGAAUUGCUCCUGCUGCAAAGAAUGCCUAAAGUGUCUUGGCAAGAAAUAUUACGAGGAAUGUUGCAGUUGUGUCGAAUUGUGCCCUAGACCAAAUGAUACUAGAAACUCUUUAUCGAAAAGAUCUCACGUAGAAGAUUUUGAAGGUGUUCCAGAGCUAUUUAACGUUUUGGUGUCAUCACCAUCGGAUGAUCUUGAUUAUAAUUGGAACAUAUUCACAUUCCAAGUGGAUUUUGAUACUGUGUUAUCUGGUCCUAAAUUAGAAAAAGACUUUAACUACUUUAGAACUAAUGAUAAGAACUUGGAUGAAGCCUUAAAGGAGAGAGAUAACAUGAUAACAGUCAAUUGUUCUGUUAUAUAUUUAGAUCAAUGCACAUCCUGGAAUAAAUGUCGACAAAGUUGUCAAAGUACAGGUGCAAGUAGUUACAGAUGGUUUCAUGAUGGUUGCUGUGAGUGCGUGGGAUCAACAUGUAUAAAUUAUGGUGUAAACGAAAGUCGUUGCAGGAAUUGUCCUGAAUCCAAAGAUUUAGGUGAAGAAUUCGAUGAUGCAUUAGACGAGGAUAUGCAAGAUUAUGGGGACAAUAUGGGUCCCUUUGAUGGAUCUGUAAAUAGCAACUAUUGACGCUACAAAAAUCGUAAUUUGUAAUUUCGUCAUUAGGUAGCCAUUUAUAUACAUUGAAUUUUUGUAUAUUCGUUAAUUUAGAAUUUACUUAUGAUUAGUAUAUAUAUGUAUAUUAGAAUUGAAUAAAAAUAUAUGUAUUUUUUUAUCAUU